AGGAGCAUGAGGUGGAUUCUGGGUUUGAGUCUCACCCUGUGCCUGGUGGUACAGACAGCCCUAGGUGCCUUGUACACCAAGAAGCCUCUAGUGGUCACCAAAUAUGGGACCCUCCAAGGAAAGCAGAUACUUGUGGGGAAGACGUCCCUCCAUGUCUUCCUCGGAGUCCCCUUCUCCAGACCUCCUGUGGGUUCCCGUAGGUUUGCUCCUCCACAGCCCCCGAAGCCCUGGAAAGGAAUCAAAGAUGCCACUAACUACCCACCUGCGUGCCUUCAGGAGUCCUGGGGACAGAUAACUUCCAUGUACUUAAACACGGGGAAACAAUACAAGUGGCUGCGCUUCAGCGAGGAUUGCCUGUACCUGAACGUGUACGCCCCAGUUCACGCACAUGGGGACCCUCUACUGCCGGUGAUGGUCUGGUUCCCGGGAGGCGCCUUCCUUGUUGGAUCGGCUUCCACUUACGAGGGCUCUGAAUUAGCAGCCCGUGAGAAAGUGAUGCUGGUGUUUCUGCAGCACAGGCUGGGCAUCCUGGGCUUCCUAAGCACCAGUGACAACCAGGCCCGAGGCAACUGGGCGCUGCUGGAUCAGAUUGAGGCUCUACGCUGGGUUCAGGAGAACAUUGAGGCCUUUGGUGGAGACCCAAACAGCGUGACCUUGUUCGGGCAGUCGUCGGGGGCCAUGUGCAUUUCAGGACUGAUGUUGUCACCCCUAGCCCAGGGUCUCUUUCAUCGGGCCAUUUCCCAGAGUGGCACUGUGCUAUUCAAAGUCUUCAUCACUCGUGAUCCAUUGAAGGUGGCCAAGGAGGUUGCUCACCUGGCUGGCUGCAACCACAACAGCACAAGGAUAAUAAUAGAGUGUCUAAGGUCUCUAUCAGGGGCCCAGAUGAUGCGUGUGUCCAGGAAGAUGAAUUUUUUCCACAUGAACUUCCAGAAACAACCUCAAGAGAUUAUAUGGUUCCUGAGCCCUGUGGUGGACGGUGUGGUGUUCCCAGAUGACCCUGUGGUGCUUCUGACCCAGGGGCAGGUUUCACCUGUACCCUAUCUUCUAGGUGUCAACAAUCUGGAGUUCAGUUGGCUCUUGCCUUAUAUCAUGAAAUUCCCACUAAACCGGUAUUCAUCGAAGAAAGAAGUUCUCACUAGGCUGCUCUGGAUUACCAGCACCCUGUUGAAUGUCACUAAGGAGCAGAUACCACUUGUGGUGGAGGAGUACCUGAACGACACCCCUAAGCAUGACUGGAAGGUGUUCCGAAACCAUGUGAUAGACCUAGCUGGAGAUGCCACCUUUGUGUACACCACGCUGCAAGCAGCCCGCUACUACCGAGAUGCUGGCUUCCCUGUUUACCUGUACGAGUUUGAGCACCACGCUCCCUCAGGCAUAAUUGUCAAACCUCGCAAUGAUGGGGCAGACCAUGGGGACGAGAUCCGCUUCAUCUUUGGGAGCCCAUUCUCCAAAGGCUCAUUCACAGAUGGAGAGAAGGCACUCAGCCUCCGGAUGAUGAAAUAUUGGGCCAACUUUGCCCGCACUGGGAACCCCAAUGAUGGGAAGUUGCCCUACUGGCCGCGCUAUGACAAAGAUGAAAAGUAUCUGCAGCUGAACCUUACCACAGGAGUGGGUGUGAAGCUCAAGGACAAGAAGAUGGCCUUCUGGAGGAGACUGCGCCAGUCUCAGAGACCCAAGAAGCAGAAGCAAUUCUGA